AUGGUGAUGGUUGCAGAGGCGUUGCUUUUGAUGAUGCUGAACAAAUGUGAGCUUCCGUCUCAACAAAAUGACAGUAAUGAGCAAUCGAACAUGUCUCUUCAUCAGAAACGUUCGUUCAUCGACUACAUUCGUGCCUUCAGACAGUUAUACAGUCUUUUCCAUCCCGACCAUCGAAGCAGAGACUUUGUUAUGAGCAAUCUUGGAUCCUGGGGAGAAUUCUCUAAACCACCCUCGGCAGGGGCAUAUCCCUCGUCGAAGGAUGUGUAUUUACACGCGGAGUAUUUGCAAAACACCAGGGGAAUCAAUAGUCACCUGACAAAAGCAUCAUCCAUAUUAAAUACUAUCGGCCCAUGA